AGGAAAAGAACAAUAAAGUUCAUCUAAGCAAGUCAUCCAAUCAUUUCUUUUGAAAAUGAUUUUUUUUUCCAACUGUCCUUAACUGCAAGCAGUUAAGCUCGACAUGAGCUACUGGCGAACCUAUAUACAGCCCAGCGCGCAAUUUUUCCCACUAAAUUGCGAUUGCAUGUUAUUGAAGAUUAAUUAUUUUUCUCCUGAUGAUUAGAAACUCUCGCCUUUUUGAAUUGGUAAUAACCCGUCGAUCUUCCUAAACACAAUCCCUCGUCUUUCUAAUAAUCCAAAUAAAAGAAUCUCAAUCUCCAGUAAUUCAGCCACGUUAUACAAUUUAUACCCAUUUCUCAAUUCUUAUUUAUCAAGAAGUCUGUUAAAAUUCCGGGCAUUCUAUUCCUCGGAUCAUCCUUCCGGCUAGUGUUUUCUGAAAAGCUGGUGCAUUUCAGACUCUUGCUAUUGCUAUUGUGCUGACUCAUUCUGAUGGCUGGCCAUUAUAAUAAUCCGUUCGAUGAAGGAGAAGAAGACGAAGUUAACCCCUUUGCGGACCAAAGAACUCGAAGAGCAGGUCAAUCAAACUAUGGCAGCGGUCCAUUUUAUAUGACAAAUCAUGUGAUUGUACCACCUGCAUCAAAUUCAAAACUUUCCCCUCUUCCACGUGAACGUGCUGAUGGUCUUGGAAAAACUGUAAAUGUUUCUCUUGAUAGUUCCAAGGACUUAAAAAAGAUGGAGGAAGAAAUUCAAGCUAAGGAGGCUGAACUGAAGAAGAGGGAACAGGGUCUAAAAAGGAAGGAAGAUGCCAUAAAACGAGCUGGGAUCAUUAUAGAGGAAAAAAAUUGGCCACCAUUCUUUCCUAUUAUUCACCAUGAUAUUGCAAAUGAAAUUCCAAUCCAUCUACAGAGGUUGCAGUAUGUGGCGUUCAUGACAUUGUUGGGUCUUGUUGUCUGUCUUGCUUGGAACAUUGUAGCUGUUACCACAGCUGGGUUAAAAGGAGAAGGCCCAACUAUCUGGUUUCUUGCUAUCAUCUAUUUCAUAUCAGGUGUCCCUGGAGCCUAUGUCUUAUGGUAUCGUCCUCUAUAUCGUGCAAUGAGGACCGAUAGUGCAUUGAAAUUCAGCUGGUUUUUAUUGUGUUACAUGUUUCACAUUGGGUUUUGUGUUGUUGCUGCGGUGGCACCUCCCGUUUUUUUCAAUGGGAAAUCUUUGACUGGUAUCUUGCCAGCAAUUGAACUUUUAAGUGAGAAUGCUGUAGUUGGGAUCUUUUACUUCGUUGGAUUUGGAUUCUUUUGUACCGAAUCAAUGAUGAGCAUAUGGGUCAUUCAGCAAGUGUACAUGUAUUUUCGGGGAAGUGGAAAAGUUGCAGAGAUGAGGAGGGAAGCUGCUAGACAAACAAUGAUGGUGGCUCUAUGAUACACAACCUGUUUGGGCGGAGGUGCGGGCUUGAGGUUUCUAAUUCUUUGAUUGCUCUGUGUCUUCUUUUCAUAUUUGGAACUUGGAAGCUGGAAUAAGCCCGCCCUCUGCAACGCUGCUAGCCUGCUACUAGUUGAAUGCACAACCUCCUCCAAUGCAUGAUGACUUGUCUUGAGAGCUUCUUGCUGUCUUACACAUCAUCACCACCACCACCAUCAUCAUCACCACCACCAUCAUCAUCACCCUGAGUGCCGCAAAGGCUCCCGCAUACUUCUUACUGUCUUACACAUAAUAGAAAAAAUUUGAAGUCGUGUUAUGGCGGGCUCUGCCAUACAAAUUUGAGGUCAGGGUGAGGGGUGUUGUUUGGAUUGCCACAGAAAGAUAUUUGAGGUCAAAAUAUUAUACCAUAUGUUCAAAUCUCAGUUGAAGCGUCUUAGUGAGGUUAUAUUGUAUAGGUUUGGUUUAUUGAGAAUUGUGUUUUGGAAUUUUGAGGUUAGUUACUUUCUUUUGAUUCGUUCACAUAAAAGGGGCGUUUGGUAAGACAUAAAAUAAUUACUUUGCAUAGGAAGUGUAAGGACGCAAAAUGUUUACACUGUUUGGUUUGAUUAUUUAAUGCAAAUUGUAGGGCACUUUUUAAAACA